AUGGAUCUUGCAGCAAUUACGGAAUGGACACCCACCACCACGGCAACUUCAACUACUUUAUCAACCAUCGCUGCUACAUAUGUCCCAGCUUUACAAUCCAAAAUAUCCGAUGCAGUCCACACAUUAACAUCCAAGGGAUCAACCAUUGCUAAUAUGGAUUACAUUAGCGCCUCGCGAAUAAUCCGUGGUGCACAAGCGUCAUUAUCAAUUAUUUCAGCGGAACAAGUACUUGAAACAGCCACUGCCAAUAAUAUACAAGCACAAGCGACACAAAUCAUCUGGCAAGCAACAGAGAACCUCUUGGAUUUGGCAUGGGAGGAAAAUGUUUAUGAUAUACCUCGAUUAAAUCGUACAGCUAAUAUAAUAUUCUUAGUGUUGUUUGCCAUUACAUUUGCCAUUUCUUGUUUAAUGUGGAUUAAAUCCCGAUAUUGGUGGUUCAAUGUGGCUUGGACUUGUGGUACGGCAUUAGAAUUUCUCGGGUAUUUAGGUCGAGUAUUGUCAUUUAGUGAUAUGAAAAAAUUUGAUUAUUAUCUUUUGCAAUUGAUUGCCCUUACAUUGUCCCCAGUUUUCCUAAUGGCAGGGAUCUAUUUCCUAUUUGGGCAAUUAGUGGUUAUCCAUGGUCGACAUUAUUCAUGGUUAAAACCACUACAUUAUUCAUAUAUUUUUAUUACUUGUGAUGUGGUUUCAUUGGUUAUUCAAGCAGUUGGAGGUGGUAUGACUGCGAUAGCUGCUCAAGAAUACAGAGAUGCUAACCCAGGAACGUAUACCAUGAUUGCUGGUAUUGCCUUCCAAGUGUUUUCCAUGUCAGUGUUUUUAUUAUGUUGGCUUGUCUUUUGCUGGAAUACCUAUUUCCUUGAUGUUACUGCCAAAGAAACCAAGCAAAGUCCAUAUCAAAAGAAAUCUUUAGUCACAUUUAUUAAAUUGCUAUUGAAUGGGGAUGAUGCCAAUAUGUACAAGCUUAAAGUGUUGGAUAAGUAUUAUAAUCCUGGGUAUAAAGAUUUACGAAAACGUCCAUUGUAUAAUUAUUAUGCUCUAGCUAUUACAUUGGCAGUGAUUGCAGUUUAUAUUCGUUGUAUUUACAGGGUUGUCGAAUUGGCACAAGGGUUUUCCGGUUAUCUAAUCACUCAUGAGGUGUAUAUAAUGACCUUAGAUGCGACAAUGAUUGGCAUUUGUUGUAUAAUAUUCAUUCUUUUCCAUCCACAUCUUGUCAUGGGAUCAAGUAUCGCUAUUGGGCUUAGAAGUAUUGCGAAAAACAAAGAUCAAGAAACAGGGGACAAUCUUAACAAAGAAAAAAUUAAUGACAUUGUUAGUGACAAUGAAGAAUCGACGUUGCAAGGUCAAAAUGUUUUCAGGGGUGAACCUAAUCAAGAGUACAAGGAGUGA